AUGGUAGGCCACCCGCACAGUGCCCCUGGCCAUGCGCCUCACCUCCACAACCUCCCAUUGCCCGGUGCUGACAAGACCAAUCGUCCAGCUCGACUAUUCAAUUCCUCACCAAUCUCGCCGCGAACAUGCCGUACGCUUCUGACCAAGAUCGCGGUCCUCCUGUUCACCGGAGAGCAAUUCCCCACGAACGAAGCCACCACCCUCUUCUUCGGCAUCUCCAAGCUGUUCCAGAACAAGGACCCGUCCUUGCGACAGAUGGUGUAUCUCAUUUUAAAGGAGUUGGCCAACACUGCAGAAGAUGUGAUCAUGUCGACGAGUAUCAUCAUGAAGGACACUGCGGUCGGAAGUGACGUUCUGUACCGGGCUAAUGCUAUUCGAGCCCUAUGCCGCAUCAUCGAUGCCUCGACGGUCCAGGGUAUCGAGCGAUUGAUCAAGACGGCCAUUGUCGACAAGACUCCCUCGGUUUCCUCUGCUGCUUUGGUCUCUUCUUAUCACCUCCUUCCUAUCGCGCGCGACGUCGUUCGGAGGUGGCAGAGCGAAACCCAGGAGGCAGCCUCGUCAUCGAAGCAAUCCACUGGUUUCCUAGGCUUCUCGUCUGGGUCCCAAGCUCACGCCAUCUCCCAGUCGAAUUUCAUGACUCAGUAUCAUGCAAUUGGUCUCCUAUACCAGAUGCGCUCUCACGACCGCAUGUCAUUAGUCAAGAUGGUGCAACAAUACGGUGCUGCUGGUAUGGUGAAGAGCCCGGCAGCUUUGGUGCUACUGGUGCGCCUCGCGGCCAAGUUGGCGGAGGAAGACCCUGGUCUCCGGAAACCCAUGAUGCAGAUGCUGGAUGGCUGGCUCCGUCACAAGCACGAAAUGGUCAACUUCGAGGCUGCCAAGGCCAUUUGCGACGUGCGGGAUGUCACCGACGCCGAGGCCCAGCAGGCCGUUCACGUCCUCCAGCUGUUCCUGUCCUCUCCACGCGCUAUCACCAAGUUCGCCGCAAUUCGCAUCCUUCACAACUUCGCUUCAUUUAAGCCCCAUGUCGUCAACGUGUGCAACCCCGACAUCGAGUCGCUUAUCUCUAACUCCAACCGUUCCAUUGCCACAUUCGCUAUCACUACCCUGCUCAAGACAGGAAACGAGGCGAGCGUCGACCGCCUGAUGAAGCAGAUCUCUGGCUUUAUGGCCGAUAUCACCGACGAGUUCAAGAUUACCAUUGUCGAGGCUAUCCGCACAUUGUGCCUGAAGUUCCCCAGCAAGCAGGCUGGUAUGCUGACUUUCCUGAGCAGCAUCCUGCGCGAUGAGGGCGGUUACGAGUUCAAGCGCACUGUUGUUGAGAGCAUGUUUGACCUGAUCAAGUUCGUUCCCGAAAGCAAGGAGGAUGCUCUCGCCCACCUCUGCGAGUUCAUCGAGGAUUGCGAAUUCACCAAGCUCUCCGUCCGUGUUCUGCACUUGCUCGGUGUUGAGGGCCCCAAGACCUCGCACCCUACCAAGUAUAUCCGGUACAUCUACAACCGUGUGGUUCUGGAGAACGCUAUUGUCCGUGCCGCCGCUGUCACUGCGCUGGCCAAGUUUGGUGUUGGCCAGAAGGACCCCGAAGUCAAGUCUAGUGUGCAGGUUCUGCUCACCCGGUGUGUUGAUGACACCGAUGAUGAGGUUCGGGAUCGUGCUGCCCUUAACCUGCGUCUGAUGAGCGCCGAAGAUGAGACCGCGUCUGCAUUCAUCAAGAAUGACUCGAUGUACUCUCUCUCCACCUUUGAGCACCAGCUCGUCAUGUACGUCACCUCGAACGACAAGCAGACAUUUGCCGCUGCAUUCGAUGUUUCAUCUGUCCCCGUUGUCUCCCACGAGCAAGCCUUGGCCGAGGAGCGGACCAAGAAGCUCACCACGGCCACACCCACCCUCAAGGCCCCCUCCACAGGUCCUCCCAAGGGCAAGUCCAACGGUGUCGCCGAGGCUGCCACUGCUGCCGCUACCCAAAAAUACGCCGAGCAGCUCAUGCAGCACCCCGAUAUCGAGGAGUACGGUGCCUUGCUCAAGUCCUCCGUGCCUGUUGAGCUCUCCGAGAGCGAGACUGAGUACGUCGUCACUGCUGUCAAGCACAUCUUCAAGGACAACAUUGUCGUGCAAUAUGAUAUCAAGAACACUCUGCCCGAUACCAUUCUUGAGAACGUGACUGUGAUCGCCACACCAUCAGAGGAAGAUGUGCUGGAGGACGAUUUCAUCAUUCCCGCCCCUAGGCUUUCGCCCAAUGAGCCUGGUGUUGUCUACGUGGCAUUUAAGAAGCUGGGUGGCGAGCACAGCGUCCCCGUCGCCUCCUUUACCAACAUUCUCAAGUUCACCAGCAAGGAGAUCGACCCUACGACUGGCGAUCCGGAGGAUGGUGGCUAUGAUGACGAGUACCAGGUGGAAGACCUCGAGCUCACCGGCAGUGACUAUGUCAUCCCCACCUUCGCCGGCAGCUUUGACCAUGUCUGGGAGCAAACCGGUGCCAACGGCGAGGAAGAGAGUGAGACCCUGCAACUAGGCAACAUGAAGGGCAUUGCCGAUGCCACUGAGCAACUCAUCUCUGCCCUCUCCCUCCAGCCCCUGGAGGGCACAGAUGUCGCUCUCAACAACAGCACCCACACCCUGAAGCUGUACGGUAAGACCGUGUCUGGUGGCCGUGUCGCCUCCCUAAUCAAGAUGGCGUACUCCAGCAAGACUGGCGUCACAACUAAGAUCACUGUACGGGCAGAAGAGGAGGGUGUUGCUGCUGCGGUGAUUGCAUCUGUUACUUAA